GAGACAGGGGCGGGGGCUUAUUCUCCUUUCCCAGACUACACUGGGCGCGGCGCUGGCUGUUCGGCCACGUCCCCGGGCCACGUCGCUCCUUCAUCUCGCCAUUUUCGCCGCUUUCUUUAGGGGCAGCAGCUAAACCGCCGCCGCCUCCGCCUCCUUUCCCAGUCCCUCCAGUCGCCACCGCGCUCCCUCUCAGCCCGCCCCCGGCUUUGCUUGCUCCUGCCGCCGCCGCCAUGAACAUCUUCCGGCUGACCGGGGACCUGUCCCACCUGGCGGCCAUCAUCAUCCUGCUGCUGAAGAUCUGGAAGACCCGCUCCUGCGCCGGUAUUUCUGGGAAGAGCCAGCUUCUGUUUGCACUGGUCUUCACUACUCGUUACCUGGAUCUCUUCACUUCAUUUAUUUCACUGUAUAAUACAUCUAUGAAGCUUAUCUACAUUGCUUGUGCAUAUGCCACUGUGUACUUAAUCUACAUGAAGUUUAAGGCUACGUAUGAUGGAAACCACGAUACAUUCCGAGUGGAGUUUCUGGUUGUCCCUGUUGGAGGACUUUCAUUUCUAGUCAAUCAUGAUUUCUCUCCACUUGAGAUCUUGUGGACCUUCUCAAUCUACCUUGAAUCAGUUGCCAUCCUCCCACAACUCUUUAUGAUCAGCAAAACUGGGGAAGCCGAGACCAUCACCACUCAUUAUCUUUUCUUCCUUGGCCUAUAUCGUGCCUUGUAUCUAAUUAAUUGGGUUUGGCGCUACUAUUUUGAGGGUUUCUUUGACCUCAUAGCUGUUGUUGCUGGUGUGGUCCAGACUAUUCUCUACUGUGACUUCUUCUAUUUGUAUGUUACAAAAGUACUCAAGGGAAAGAAGCUCAGUUUGCCAGCGUAAGUGCCAAAGACCAUCGCCAGCAUCUGUCCUUCAGGAUGUUUGGACAGAAUUCUUAUCACAAACAAAGGCAUAAGAUGCUUGAGACAGAAAAUCAGAAACUCAACUUUUUUAUUGCAGAUAGUCAUCAGCGGCUCUGUAAGAACACAGAGGAAAGUAAA